AUGGGUUUCCUCGACGCCUUCACUAGCUCUCAGUCCCAGUACGACGAGUUCCAAAGCUCAGAUGCACCUCACCAAGCUAAGUUAAGCCACGAACUCCUUGGUGGUGCCGUCGCGUUCGAGGCUGCCAAGGCUUACGAAGAUCACUGUGCCCGGAAUGGCCAGCCCCAAAGCCACGCUUUGGCCAAGGAACUUUUCGCUGGUUUUGCCGGAGCUGCCGUUGACCGCUUGGUCGAGACGAAGGGUGCUGACGCGUGGUCUGCGCAUCAGAGGAAGCAAGCGCGCGAGCAUGGUAUGGAUUUCUUUUGCCACAUCGUGAUUUAUUUUGACGACAAGUUACUUGAAGCUCAGACGCAGAUCGACGAAACAUUCACCGAAGAUGUUUACGUGAACCAGCAGUCUUACUAG